UCGAGUGGUUUCUGCUCUCCCCUCGGAGCUUCUCUUCCAUUCUCCUUGUGAUUCUUUUUGGCCGAAUUAAAUCCCAAGACGUUUUUUUUAUGCUUCCGCCGGCGCCGGCUGUCGAGGUUUCCGGCGAGGGACGCGGUGGUGGUGUGGUUGUGCGUUAUCUUGGGUUGCUGUUGCGGGGAUGGGCAUUUUUGGGCCUUGGGACGGAGAAAAGGUGAAGAGGACUAGGGAUGAGAUACUCAGAUACCUGUAGAAGAAGACUAAACUCUGAGAAUGCUAUCUUGUUGGAGAGAUGUCCGUAAACAUUUUGGAUUCCAUCUUGACAGAAGCUUUCUGAUCAGUUCAUACCUAGUAUUUUCUAUUUUGGACGUGUACAGUAUUCCCUAACAACUUACCUGUCCAUAGACAGAAAGUUUGCCUGUUGAAGCUGCAUUGUUGGAUUUCAUUUCCAAUCUGCCUCUAUUUCAAGAUUGAUGCCAUUGGCAUUUACAGUUAAACAGGUUUUUGCUUGACUAUCCAUCUGCACUGCAAAAGGUUUUUCCAGGAAAGUUAUUAUUUUGCAUUAUGCCCAUGGCAUCCUUCCCUGCUAUUGGUCCUGCUUUCGCCAUUUCUAUGGGAUAUGUUGACCUUGGAAAAUGGUUGGCAGCUGUUGAUGGAGGAGCCCAAUUUGGGAAUGAUCUGAUGCUAUUAGUUCUAUUAUUCAACUUAACUGCCAUUCUGUGCCAGUAUCUUGCAACUUGUGUUAGUAUUGUCACUGAAAAAAAUCUAGCAGAGAUUUGCAGGGAUGAAUAUUCAGGAACAACCUGUAUGAUUUUGGGAGGUCAAGCUGAGCUCUCCCUGAUCAUUUCAAACUUAACUAUGAUUCUGGGAGUGGCACAUGGUUUCAAUCUUCUGCUCGGUGUCGACCUAUUUGCAUGUGUCUGUUUAGCUGCAGCUGGUUCUACUAUUUUGUCCUUUUUGAUGCAUCUCUGGGUGCAGAAUGAUCGGAGGGUUGGACUUGUGUGCGAAACCAUAUCUGGUAUGGCUUUGGUGUUCUAUGUCCUCGGGGUACUAAUCAGUCAACCUGAAAUUCCUCUUGCAAAGAAUAUUAUGUUUCCCAAGCUGAGUGGAGAGAGUGCAUACUCACUUAUGGCCCUUCUCGGUGCGAAUAUCAUGGUGCAUAAUUUUUAUGUUCACUCUUCAAUUGUUCAGCAGCAGCAGCAGAAGAGACCCUUGAAUGUUCCCGUAGGUGCUUUACUUCAUGACCAUUUUUUUGCAAUAAUGUUCAUCUUCACUGGCAUAUCUCUGGUUAAUUAUGUGCUGAUGAACUCAGCUGCAUCUGUUUUUGGAAGCACUGACAUGGAUCUCAACUUCCGUGAUGUGUCUCUGCUGAUGGAUCAGAUUUUUAGGAUUCCUAUAGCACCUAUCGCUGUUUUGCUUCUCAUAUUCUGUAGUCAGAUUGGAGCUUUGUCUUGGAAUUCAGACGGGCCACAACUUUUGCAUAAUUCUUUUGGUGCAAAUGUUUCUGUUUGGAAUCAUUUUCUGUUAGCUAAAGCUUUCUCUGUGAUUCCAGCACUUUGCUGUGCAAAAAUUGUAGGUGCUGAAGGGAUAUAUCAAUUUCUUAUUUUGUGUCAAGUUAUACAGGCUAUGCUUCUUCCGUCUUCUGUAAUUCCGCUUUUUAGAGUAGCAUCUUCAAGAUCAGUAAUGGGGGAAUACAAAAUGGCCUGGUAUCUGGAUAUAAUGUCUUUGUUGGCAUUCCUUCUGAUUCUCGCUUCAAAUAUAAUCUUCAUCAAUGAAAUGUUAUUUGGAAAUAGUAGCUGGAUAAACAACCUUAAGGAAAAUCAAAGAUUUGGUGGAACAGUCACAUAUGCUGUCAUUCUCCUUGCUGCUUGUGCUUUGAUACUUUUUACACUAUACUUGGCAGUUACACCUCUGAAAUCUGCAAGUUAUUUUCCAGAGGAAGGAACCAUGUUUUCGCUGAAGGAUGAACUGCACGAGGAAACAAAAGAUGACAUUCGAGAUAAGGCUACUACUACUACUACCAAAGAUGAAUGUCAACCUAUUGAGCAUCAGCUUUCUCUGGAACCUAUCGUGGAGAAUACUGUGUACCAUACUGAUCGAUCACUUUCGGAAUCUAUACCUGAACGAUCUGAUACUGCUAUAGAUUCUGAUAAUGAUUGGCGUCAAACUAUUGACAGUGCUGGUGCUUCUGAUAUGACUUUUGAUUCUGAUCAUGAUUGCCAACAACCUUUUCCUGGCUCCAGCUCACCUGACAUUUUUAUUACUCCAAUAUUUGAACCUGAAUUAUCAAAGUCUAUUGAUGUAGCUGACUUAGAAACUGUGAGUGACACAUCCACCAGUAUCUUGUUAGAUACUACUGUUAAAGAAAGGCAUCAAUUUGAAGCAGAGAAGAAAGAUUUGGCAUUAGAAGCAGCUAUUGCCUCUGUGAUGGACAAAGACAAGACAUUAGAGACUAAUGAUUCUGUGGGUGAGUUGUUAGUUCCUCCGGUCAGUGAGCCAAUGCCACAUUCAAGAUCUGAAGAUUCUGAAUGUGGUAAUACUGUUCCUGUAAAAAAUUCAGAUGUCAGUGGAAACUUACCAAAAUUAUCUGGACUAGGUCGCACAACUAGACGACAAUUUGCUGCCAUAUUGGAUGAGUUCUGGGGUCAACUUUUUGAUUUCCAUGGGAAACCAUCACAAGAAGCUGUUGGACAAAAGUAUGAUUCUUUAUUGGGAUUAGACUUGAAAAGUGUUAGUUCUGUAAAAGGUGAUAUUGGAGCAGAGUCAUCUGUUAGUUUACAUAAAGACACUGAUAGGGGAACAAUUUUCCCACCAAACCCAAUGGAAUACAACUCUCGUAAGCUGAAAAACUUGACUAGUGGAGAUUUAUCUUAUGGAUUUCAGAUGGGCUCUUCAACUUGGUCUCAAAACAUGCACGCAAAAACACAUUUUCUAAACUCAGCUGGCAGCCUACCCGAGACAAAUGAAAGACGUUAUUCUAGUUUGUAUCUGCCGCAAUAUUCUGACAACCAUGAUUAUCAGCCAGCUACAAUCCAUGGAUAUCAAUUAGCAUCUUAUCUAAAGGAAAUUGCUGCAGCAAGAAAUCCUUGUUCCUCAAAUGUGGCUCCUGAAUCUCCAAGAGUUACUAAAUCAUCUCUUAAAGUUCCUCCGGGAUUUGGGGAUUCAGUUCCAUACAGUGAUAGACAAAAUGGACUGAGUUCAUUUGCAGCGUCUAGUUUGCAAAGUCCAGCAUCUCGAGUUAGCAGAAUGCAGGCUGAAGGAAAUUUUUUCAAUCCUUCUUUGGUUGAACCGAUAGAAAAUGCUGGCUCUUUUGCCUAUGAAAAGAAAUAUCAUAGUUCUCCAGACAUUUCUGCCCUUAUCGCUGCUAGCAGGAACUAUUACUUGAACGAGUCAAAGUUGGGUGGUCCUAUUGGUUUCAGACCAUCUGUUGGUAGGAUGAUGACUAACCAACACCAAUAUUUGAAUCCUAUCUCCAGGACUGCAGUUUCAUCACCAUUCAAUGAACUCUACUCACCCAAUCUCCAGAGAGAUGCUCUCCCACCUCAACCGAAUUUGAGUUCAGACACCAAAUCUCUUUGGGCUAUGCAACCAUUUGAACAAUUAUUUACUGUGCCAACCAGAGAAUACGAUAUAGGCAGACGAGUGGUCCCUGACAAACCUGGACACACUUUCCAAGAUGUUUUUCCUUAUGCUGAGGUAGAAUGCAGAUUGUUACAGUCCCUUCGUUCUUGUAUUAUGAAGCUUCUGAAAUUGGAAAACUCAGAUUGGCUUUUUAGACCAAAUGAUGGAUGCGAUGAGGAGCUAAUUUAUCAAGUUGCUACAACGGAGAAGAAUAUGUGCAAAGUGGUUGAGAUGAAUCAAUUAGAUUAUGGUGAACUUCACUUAUCUCCUGAACGAAAGCUUAGUUCAGUUCAGAGGAAUGAGGAGGCAGAUAUCGCUUGCACUUUGUGGUUGCCUAAUUGUCGAGAUGGUUGUAUAUGGUGUGCGUCGCUUGUUGUAAGUUUUGGAGUUUGGUGUAUUCAUCGGAUAUUGGAUCUCUCCCUCGUGGAAAGCCGUCCAGAGUUGUGGGGCAAAUACACUUAUGUCCUCAAUCGUCUUCAGGGGAUUCUUGAUCUUGCAUUUUCUAAGCACCGCGCUCCUCUCCACUCUUGCUCAUGUCUCGAUGUACCAGUGGAAAUUACUGAACCUUCCAACUCUCCUAUGUGGUCAAAACCGAUAAAUCAAUCCUUCACAACAGCAGCUAUGAUACUUGAUAUCAUAAAGGAAGUUGAAAUUUCAGUCUCGGGUCGAAAGGGUCGGACCGGCACUGCUGCCGGCGACAUUGCUUUUCCAAAGGGGAAGGAGAACUUGGCAUCUGUUUUGAAGCGUUACAAGCGCCGGCUCUUGAACAAGAGUGCUGGAACACAGGAAGUUUCUUUACCCCGCAAAAUUCAAACAACUCCAGCUCUAUAGCAGCGACUGUGAUGAUGUUCCGGAUAUUUGGUUUUUUCGUUGAAAAACGUUCUCAGGGUUCAAAGUGGUUACUCUCUUUGUCCCUCCAAGUUUCCCUGUGUAUGUUGUAUAAUUAGCAGGAUUAUGUAGGGGGUUACUUUAAUUUCAAGAUCUUAACCCUAAUAUUUAUGUUCUAA